CUCGAACUGGGCGCUAGAGGCAAGGGAGGGGGCGGGCGCUCAGGUCCCGCCUCCCCUGGCCGCGUGCACACACACGCCCACCGCGGCUGGGCUGGCGGAGCGCGGGCGAGUGUGAGCGCGGGCGAGUGUGAGCGCGAGUGUGCGCACGCCGCGGGAGCCUCUCUGCCCUCUCCUCGCACCCUGCACAGGGCAUCUCGAAAGCCUGGAAACGUGAACAGGCUUAAAGUAUGGCAUGUUGCGAAGAUGGUUUCUGUCCAGAAGGUGCCCGCGAUCGCGCUGUGCUCUGGGGUCAGCCUUGCCCUUCUUCACUUCCUGUGCCAGGCGGCUUGUUUAAACGAAUCCCCAGGACAGAACGCAAAGGACGAGAAAUUGUGCCCGGAAAAUUUUACCCGUAUCCUGGACAGUUUGCUGGAUGGUUAUGACAACAGGCUGCGUCCUGGAUUUGGGGGUCCUGUUACAGAAGUGAAAACUGACAUAUAUGUCACCAGCUUUGGACCUGUUUCUGAUGUUGAAAUGGAAUAUACAAUGGAUGUGUUCUUCAGACAGACAUGGAUUGACAAAAGACUAAAAUAUGAUGGUCCCAUUGAAAUUUUGAGGUUGAACAAUAUGAUGGUCACCAAAGUUUGGACCCCUGAUACUUUCUUCAGGAAUGGAAAGAAAUCUGUCUCACAUAACAUGACAGCUCCAAAUAAGCUUUUUAGAAUUAUGAGAAAUGGCACUAUUUUAUACACAAUGAGACUCACCAUCAGUGCGGAGUGUCCCAUGAGACUGGUGGAUUUCCCUAUGGAUGGUCAUGCCUGCCCUUUGAAAUUUGGGAGUUAUGCAUAUCCCAAGAGCGAGAUGAUUUACACCUGGACCAAAGGCCCUGAGAAGUCAGUGGAGGUGCCCAAGGAGUCUUCUAGCUUAGUUCAAUACGACCUAAUUGGGCAGACUGUGUCAAGUGAAACUAUCAAAUCUAUUACAGGUGAAUACAUUGUUAUGACAGUUUAUUUCCACCUCAGACGGAAGAUGGGCUAUUUUAUGAUUCAGACUUAUAUCCCAUGCAUUAUGACAGUGAUCCUUUCUCAAGUUUCCUUCUGGAUAAAUAAGGAGUCUGUUCCAGCUAGAACUGUAUUUGGAAUAACGACAGUCCUCACCAUGACCACCCUAAGCAUCAGUGCCCGACAUUCUUUGCCCAAAGUGUCCUAUGCAACUGCCAUGGAUUGGUUCAUAGCCGUCUGCUUUGCUUUUGUAUUUUCGGCUCUUAUUGAGUUUGCUGCUGUCAACUAUUUCACCAACAUUCAAAUGCAGAAAGCCAAAAAGAAGACAUCAAAGCCUCCUCCAGAAAUUCCAGCUGCUCCAGUACCGAGAGAAAAUCAUCCAGAAGCUUCUCUUCAGACUACACAUGCCAAUUUGAAUAUGAGGAAAAGAACAAAUGCCUUGGUCCACUCAGAAUCUGAUACAAACAGCCGAACUGAGGUGGGAAACCAUUCCAGCAAGACUACCACAGCCCAAGAGCCUGCUGAAGCCACAAUGAAGGAGUACUUAGCUUCCAGUCCAAAUCCAUUCAGCAGGGCAAAUGCAGCUGAGACGAUAUCUGCAGCAAGAAGUCUUUCAUUGGCACCCUCUCCCACUCCUUGUGGCACAUCAAGACCAGCUUCCAUGGGGUCGACUUCUACUCGCCCUGCAUUUGGGUCUAGACUUGGGCGAAUUAAGACCACAGUUAAUACCACAGGGGCAUCUGGGACUAUGUCAGCCACACCUCCUCCCUCUGCUCCACCACCGUCUGGAUCUGGCACAAGUAAAAUAGACAAAUAUGCUCGUAUUCUCUUCCCAGUCACAUUUGGGGCAUUUAACAUGGUCUACUGGGUUGUCUAUUUGUCUAAGGACACCAUGGAGAAAUCAGAAAGUCUAAUGUAAUUUUGUUGCUAUAGUAAUUUCAUAAAAGAUGAUAGAAUUC